UUGUUUUUUUUUCCCCCUUCUUGUUUUUUGUUUUUUUUGGAUUUUUUUUGGCCCCCCACAUUUUUUUUUUUGCCAUUAUGAACCGUCCAGCCCCUGUGGAAAUCACUUAUGAGAAUCUUCGUUUCCUGAUCACUCACAACCCAACCAAUGCAACCCUCAGCAAAUUCAUCGAGGAGCUGAAGAAGUACGGGGUGACCACCCUGGUGCGAGUUUGUGACGCCACCUACGACCAGGCCCCCAUCGAGAAGGAGGGAAUCCAGGUCCUGGACUGGCCGUUCGACGACGGCGCGCCCCCCAGCCAGGUGGUGGAGGAUUGGCUGAGCCUGCUCAGGGCCAAGUUCCGCGAGGAGCCCGGCAGCUGCGUGGCCGUGCACUGCGUGGCGGGGCUGGGCAGGGCUCCUGUUCUGGUGGCUCUGGCUCUCAUUGAAUGUGGGAUGAAGUACGAGGACGCCGUGCAGUUCAUAAGGCAGUGA